ACUUCCGGUCUCCAGUGCUGGAAGCGGCAGGAAGGCAGCUAUGGAUACAAGGCUUUGCUGAGAGAUGUGGGCAUGGCUGCAGCCCUACAGAUCUUGCCCUGUCUCCUCCGAGCCCCGUCACGUCCGUUCCUCUGGGGGCCCCCAUUGGCCAGGAUGACCAGUGGUGUGGCCUUGGCAGAACGGGCACGACAGCUAUUUGAGAGUGCUGUGGGCGCUGUGCAGCCGGGCCCCAUGCUGCAAAGGGCACUGUCCUUGGAUCCUAGUGGCAGACAGCUGAAGGUGCGGGACCGGAGCUUUCAGCUAAAGGAAAACCUCCACCUAGUGGGCUUCGGCAAGGCUGUAUUGGGCAUGGCAGCUGCAGCUGAGGAGCUACUGGGCCAGCAUCUUGUGCAGGGUGUGAUCAGCGUUCCCAAGGGGAUCCGAGCUGCUAUGGAGCAUGCCGGAAAGCAAGAGAUGCUGCUGAAGCUGCACAGCCACAUCCAGGUGUUUGAGGGUGCAGAGGACAACCUACCGGACCGUGAUGCUCUGAGGGCUGCACUGGCCAUCCAGCAGCUGGCAGAGGGGCUCACAGCCAAUGAUCUGCUGCUUGUGCUCAUCUCAGGUGGGGGCUCAGCCCUGCUGCCUGCUCCCAUCCCACCUGUCACACUGGAGGAGAAACAGAUGCUCACCAAGCUGCUGGCAGCCCGUGGAGCCACAAUUCAGGAGCUGAACACCAUCCGGAAGGCCCUGUCCCAGCUGAAGGGUGGAGGGCUGGCUCAGGCUGCCUAUCCUGCUCAGGUGGUGAGCCUCAUCUUGUCAGACGUGAUUGGGGACCCUUUGGAGGUGAUCGCCAGUGGCCCUACUGUGGCCAGUUCCCACAGUGUGCAAGAUUGCCUGCACAUUCUUAAUCACUAUGGCCUGCGUGCCGCACUGCCACGUUCCGUGAAGACUGUGCUCUCUCGAGCUGAUUCUGACCCCCACGGGCCACAUACUUGUGGUCAUGUUCUCAAUGUGAUCAUCGGCUCUAAUUCUCUGGCUCUGGCUGAGGCUCAGAGGCAGGCUGAGGUCCUGGGCUACCAAGCCCUUGUGCUGAGUACAGCCAUUCAGGGCGAUGUUAAAAAUGUGGCCCGGUUCUAUGGACUGCUAGCCCGGGUGGCUGCAGCCCGCCUCGCUUCAUCCACGGCUGGGCAUUCCUUGGAGGAAGAGGAGGAGGAGGCAAAACUCCAUCAGCUGGCAGCUGAGCUCCAGCUCCCAGACCUGCAGCUGGAGGAGGCCCUGGAAGCUGUGGCGAAGGCUAACGGGCCAGUCUGCCUCCUGGCUGGUGGUGAGCCCACAGUGCAGCUGCAGGGCUCUGGCAAGGGUGGCCGGAACCAAGAACUGGCCCUGCAUGUGGGAACAGAGCUGGGAAGACAGCCACUGGGGCCUGUUGAUGUGCUAUUUUUGAGUGGAGGCACUGAUGGGCAGGAUGGGCCUACCAAGGUGGCUGGGGCCUGGGUCAUGUCUGAUCUUGUCAGCCAGGCUUCUGCUGAAGGCCUGGACAUAGCCACCUUCCUUUCCCACAAUGACUCAUACACCUUCUUUUGCCGAUUCCAGGGUGGAACACACUUGCUGCAGACAGGGUUGACAGGGACCAAUGUCAUGGAUGUCCACCUCCUGAUUUUUCAUCCUCAGUGACGGCAUAGUUCCUAUUUUGAGAGUAUAUGGGUAUAUAUGGGCAGGAUCUCGUGGGAAGAUCACGGGCUUGUUGCCAGGGCCUCACUGUACUUUAGGAUCCCUGUCCCCUUAGUCUGGCUCCCUGUUGCUCCACUCACCUCCCACAGAUGGUCUCCAUAUCCAUUCCCCAACUAGACUAGAAGACGAGGGCUCCUUUCCACCCCUUCUUCCUGUCAUGUCAGCAGGUACCCCUGAGACCCGCAGGAAGCUCCUCAGCCAGUUCCCAGUCUUUAUUUUCUCCCCAGGAGCCCAUCUGCCAAAGUCCUCAGCCUGGUUCUCCCGUGGAGUAAAGUUAGGGAGCCUGAAAAUAAAAAGAAGGAUGUUGUGGGGGUCUCAGCUCACUGUCCUCAGUAUGGCUGCGGGUAGCUGCUGGAGAGGGGAGCGUGGUGUGCUCCUAGCAAUUUUGCCGGCAUCUCACAGAGUUUCUCUGGGAAUCUGGGAGGGUUGAAUACGGCUCCUGGCAGCCUCAAUGUGGGUGAGCAGGACAGGUUUAAGGAUCGUUACCUAUUCAACCAUGACUCCCUGUGGCAACCUGGCCACUGUUUCUCCUCUUCCUGCUGUAGCCUGGCUGGGUGGAAAUUUUCUACUUGACACCGAGGAUAUUCCUUCAGCAUUUGGACUACUCUUAGCUCUCCUCCUUUAUCUUACCCCCUCUCUUAAAUAUGCCAUGCUCCCUACACGCCAUGUUCCAUGUGUUCUGGGUACACCGUUGGGGUCCUGGUGCCAGCAUUCGGUACCUGUCUCCAGGACUAGAAUGGUAGGUCAGAGCAGUGAAGGAGUUCAGCCAUCUCUCACCCCCUCCUGUUUCAGCUGUCAGAGGUGAGUCCCUUGGGUGGGCCUGCAGCCACUGGCCUGGCUCCCCUUGAGCUUUCCUGCUCAGUAUCAGAGCCCUCCGUUGGUUAUCCUCACCGUACGCCACGGCUCCAAUCCCUAUAUGAGUGAGCAACAGAAUCACAUAGGAAUAAAAAGCCAUAGAGAACAGUGAGGCCUGGGGCUGCUCCUAUGGGCCCUUCUUCCACUGUGAGGAUGUGCGGGAGGUCUAGCUCAGAGCUGAUGUGUCCUGGGGUAGAGCUGCCCGUCUCCUUGGGCUCUGGACAGUCUGGCUGGCAGUUGGGCCAUGACCUGGAGAGCUAGAUCCUGCGUGUUCCAGGGACCAGGAGGGAGAUAAACAAGGCAAGCUGACUCUGAGGACCAGAGAGGGUUAGGAGAGUGGAGUGGUGUGCACCAUUUUCUUUACUGAUGGAGACGGUCAAAGUCUCAGGGGAUUUUGUCUUUACACGGGUGUUCAGGCCUCCACUAGAGGAGUCCUGCCUCUGUGUUCUUGACCUUGGGAAUGUAUUCCUGUUGGACACCAAGUUGCAGGCAAGAGCUUCGAGAGAAGAGGGCUGGGGACCAAGGACUUGUCUGUCAGCCACAUCCUGUCUUUGUGUGGUGAGCAUGUGAGCACGGGACACUGGUGUCAGAACGCCUCUGGUGCCCCCACAGGUGCUUUUCAGAGUAGGGUUGCUUGUGGGUAUGGCUGCCUCCAUUGCCUGCUGAGGGCCUUACGCAUGGGCAGAGUCUUGUCUACCUUGGUCCCUUUUCUGUAACUAUGUUUUCAGAGUCUGGGGACCAGGGUCUGAAUUGGACCCUUUAGAGCAAACAGUUGGUGGACCUAACUCAUUGUAUUUGCUUGCCUAUAUAUUUGGUCAGUCUAGAUGAUAAAAAUAUGCAGAUUCCUCACAGUUAGUGCUCAAUAGGACUUUUUUUUCCUCCCUAAAUGUCAAUUAUGUAGGUGGGCCUGGUAGCACAGGCCUGUAUAUCCCAGGGUACUUGAGAGGCAGGAGGACUGA